UGAAGUCCUUCCUCCAAAACACCAACGCCAGUGAUUAUGGCGGAGAGCGUGGACGACUUUGUUGCUGGCAUCGUCGGCGGCGUGGCUGGCCUUGUUGUUGGCCAUCCCUUCGACGUCAUCAAGGUUCGUCAACAAACACACCACGGCCAGUACUCGAUAGGCAGGGCAGCGGUCGACCUGGUGCAGAAAGAAGGCGUGCGAUCGCUCUUCCGCGGCAUCGGCCCGCCCGUCUUUGGGGUCGGUGGCCUGAACGCGGUUCUGUUUGGCACAUAUGGGUUGGCUGCGCGCAUGCUCACGGGCAAGCCGCACGCCAGGGAUGAGCUCACCCUCGGCCAGUCUUACGUGGCAGGCACUGUGGCUGGGAUUGCAUGCUGCACCAUCACUGCGCCCACGGAGCUGCUCAAGUGCCGCGCUCAGGCGGCAACAGUCGCCAAGUCACUCCCCCACAAAGCCGGACAGUCGCCGGCAAGCACGCUGUAUCAAAUGAGGGCUGUCAUCAGGGACUUUGGUGUCCUUGGACUCUUCAAGGGCUGGUGGGUAACUGUGCUGCGUGACGCGCCAAGCUUCGGUGUAUACUUCAUCACAUACGAAUCCCUCAAGCGCAGGCUAACAAACGGCGACCCAGACCCAGACACAGUCCUCACAGUCUCCACAGACAUCAGACUGAUCUGCCACUAUGGCGAGACUCGUGAGUGA